GCGCCUCUCGCGUCCCUUCCUUCUGAGUCGACUUUCCGUUCCAGACGCGUUAACGUGGGAGUGACAUCACGGCAACCCGACCAACCACCAACUCAAUCCGAAACCAUCACGGUCACCAACGACAUCUGCAGGAACUGAACCAAGCGAUACCACCCUCACGGAAUCCUGCAGUCUAGAUAACCCCUGAAACAAUGGGAAUUAAAAACCUCUUCUCGAUCAUUAAGGAGGAAGCUCCAGAUGCCAUCAAGGAAGGCGAGAUCAAGAAUCAGUUCGGUCGCAAGGUCGCAAUUGACGCAUCCAUGAGCAUCUACAGCUUCCUGAUCGCCGUGCGCUCCGACGGCCAGAUGCUCACCAACGAAAGCGGCGAGACGACCUCCCACCUCAUGGGCAUGUUCUACCGCACCCUCCGCAUAGUCGACAACGGGAUCAAGCCGCUCUACGUCUUUGACGGCGCCCCGCCCAAGCUCAAGUCGGGCGAGUUGGCCAGGCGGUUUCAGAGGAAACAGGAAGCGAACGAGGGGCUCGAGGAAGCCAAAGAGACGGGAACGGCCGAGGACGUUGAGAAAUUCUCGCGGAGAACGGUCCGUGUCACGAGGGAACACAACGCCGAGUGCCAGCGCCUGCUCAAACUCAUGGGCAUCCCCUACAUCAUCGCCCCUACCGAGGCCGAGGCGCAAUGCGCCGUCCUCGCGCGCGCCGGGAAAGUUUAUGCUGCGGCAAGCGAGGACAUGGAUACGCUCUGCUUCAACGCGCCCAUCCUCCUUCGCCACCUUACCUUUAGCGAGCAACGCAAGGAGCCCAUCCAGGAAAUUCACGUCGAGAAGGUUUUGGAGGGGCUGAAUAUGGACAGGAAACAGUUCGUCGACCUCUGCAUUCUGCUAGGCUGCGACUAUCUCGACCCGAUCCCCAAAGUCGGCCCGCACACGGCGCUGAAGCUGAUCCGCGAACACGGCACGCUCGAGAAGGUGGUUGAGUUCAUGAAGAACGACCCCAAAGGCAGAUACACAAUCCCCGAAGACUGGCCGUUCGAGGACGCGCGGGAGCUCUUUUUCUCGCCCGACGUGCGCCAGGCAGACGACCCGUUGUGUGAUUUCAAGUGGGAGAAACCGGACAUUGAGGGGCUGGUUCAGUUUCUGGUGCAUGAAAAGGGGUUUUCGGAGGACAGGGUCCGGGCGGGCGGCGCGCGGCUCGAGAAGACUCUGAAGAGCUCGCAGCAGUCGAGGAUUGAGGGUUUCUUUAAGGUUGUUCCCAAGACGGAGGAGGAGAAGAAGGCGCAUAAGCGCAAGCUGGAGGAGCAGACGGAGGCGAAGAAGAAGAAGCUCAAGGAGGAGAAGAAGGAGAAGGCUAAGGCUAAGGCUAAGCCACGUGGUACUGCUUAGUUAAGGCGGUCACGCCUAGGCUUGGGGGUCUGCUUUUGCAUGCAGUUUUACGCGGUCGGGUUGGGGUUCUACAGCGCCUCUGGAUCGAGGUGCUUUGACUACACUUUGCUUUUGCUAGGGGGGGAAUAUUGGCUGGUCGGCGUUAGUGGUGUUGAGGGCUGGGUGAUUGGUAGCUGGGCG